AUGAGAGUGCGCGAUUUGAUUCACGAGCUGCAAUUACACGAGGCGAGAGGGCAGCAUAAGAGAGCUACAAAAAAGGAAGGAAUUGUGAGCUCACGAUACGGCGGGGUAAAAUAUUAUGAUAGCGAGACAGGAAAACGUCAGGGCGAGGGCGGGGGCGGGGGUGCAGCGGGCGGCACGUCUCAGGGCGGCGUGUCUCAGGGUGGCGUUUCCCAGAGUGGCGUGUCUCAGGGUGGCGUAUCCCAGCGCGGCGUAUCCCAGGGCGGCGUAUCCCAGGGCGGCGUAUCCCAGGGCGGCAUGACUCAGAGCGGCGUGUCCCAGGGCGGUGGGUAUCAGGGUAGCGUGUCCCAGGGCGGUGGUUCUGAGGGUGGCGUAUUCCAGGGCGGCGUGUCUCAGGGCGGCAUAUCUCAGGAUGGCGUGUCUCCGGGCGGCGUAUCCCAGGGCGUUAUUUCUCGGGCUGGCGUGUCUCAGUGCGGCGUAUCCCAGGGCGGCAUCUCUCAGGAUGGCGCAUCCCAGGGCGGCAUAUCUCAUGGCAGCGUGACUCAGGGCGGCGUGACUUAG